AAAUAAAAUAUGGAAAUAAAAUCUUUUGAUUCGAAAUAUUUUUUUACACGCAAAUAAGCACCCGGGAAGAUUUUCGCUCAGUCGGGAAACUAAAUUCAAGCUCAACAGCUUGGCCCCAGAUUUUUCCUUUGGCUUCCAUCAGAUAAAAUUGCAAGAGGAGAAGCUGCUUCUCUAAAGAGUCGAGAGGUAAAAGAACCCUGAAGGAAGCACUAGUCGAGAAGUGAGUCCGAAAUUAAGAGCUGGAGGAAACAGGCGAUGGGAAUGACAGCUAUAAAAAUAUCUCGACAGUGAUAUUUGAAAAUAAGAAUAUUUCUCCAUGUGAUAUAAAAACGGCAAAAGUAAUCAACAGGAUAUAAUAUCAUGGAUAUUUCUUGACCAGGAGGAGGGGAGGGGAAAGAUCAAAGAUAGGGGAAUCUCUCGAAAUCACGAUGCUUUCGCUGGGAGAUCUUUCACUUCAUGCUGGCCUGCGAGAACCAUCGAUCACGCGUAAGCGAGAUAGGACAAAGAGCCCAUAAUCUGACAUCGGCGUGCGGAAAGAGGGACGAUGGAGAUUGACGGAAAAUGAAAAAGAAAAAAAAAAGAAAAAAAAAAGGAAAAGAGCCCCGGGGAAGGGAGAAAGGAUAACGAGAAAAUUACGGAAAGAGAUAAAGAACAAGGAGAAGAGUUUUCAUUUAGUCCUGUCGUAAAUAAGAACAAACAGUUACUCGCGGAAUACAAGUGCGGUGCGGGAGAAGCGGUAAAUUCCACCCUGUGCACAGACUAAAAUCUUCGUCGCUAAACGGCAGAGAUAGUUAUUUACGAGAUGGCGUAAAGUAUAAUUGUCCCGCGCGUGUUUCCCCGAAGGACGACGACGAGCGGCGACCGCGCUUUUUCCAAGAUCUUGGAUAUACGGAGUCCAAGUCCGACGAAUCACUUUGGCGGCCGAUUCUUCUCGGGCACGUACAUUACAUGGAAUUGCCGUGAACUUAGUAGCGUUUAUACGUCGCUUGACAAAUGUAUCGAUCGAAAGGAGACAGGGAGAAGCGCGCAAAACGACGAAAAAAUGGACUAAAAGAGACACAAGAGAGUACGAAGCGUGAGGAAAGUUCUCGCACACGUUAACCAGUUCGCCCGCCUUCGGCGGUUCGAGAGUAGUUGGGGGUAGCCUCACCUCCUGGAAGCUUUGUUUUCUCGCGAUAGGCACGGCCGAUUGAAAUGAGGGUGGCACGGCUAUUACUGUGCUGCGUACUUCUCGAAGACUACAGCACCAAUCUCGGCGGAACGGCAAUUACCAGUGACGCCAUGCGCCAGGACGGUCCCUCGUCCGCGACGAAUCCGACGCUAUCAGAUGUGCCGAGCUUUUCCGAGCCGAUUGGCAAUGUGACCGCCGCCAUCGGCAAAGAGGUCGCUCUCUCUUGUACCAUCAGGAAAGUGGGAAAUUACAAGGUGGGAUGGCUACGUGCCGAGGAUCAGACGAUAUUAUCGAUGGGCGAUCGCAGAGUCACCCACUCAUCCCGUUUCUUCGUCACCCUGGAGAACGCCAAAACGAAGAACCAGACGCAAUCGCGGGAAGACGAAGAGGCCACUUGGCAGCUGCAUAUCCGGGCGCUGAAGGAGGCCGACCGUGGCUGCUACAUGUGCCAACUCAACACCAAACCCAUGUUGAGCCAGCUGGGAUGCGUGGAUGUCCUAGUACCACCCGAUAUCCUGAAUUCUGGCACCUCGGACGGCGAGGUUUCCGUUCUCGAGGGUGAGAACGCCACAUUGUCGUGCAAAGCAUCCGGACGUCCACCGCCUCGUGUGUUCUGGCGACGCGAGAAAAGUGAUUUCAUACUCGUGAGGGGUUCUCACGAUCCAUUGAUACAAGUGUACAACCUGUCCGGCGAAAGGCUAGAAUUAACCAGAGUAGACAGGAGGCAAAUGGGGGCUUAUCUUUGCAUAGCGAGAAACGAAGUGCCUCCGGCAGUCAGCAAGAGGGUUAAUCUAAAAGUAAAUUUCCCUCCCAGCGCAAAAGCACCCAAUCAGCUACUCAGUUCUCCCCUGGAAACAAACGUGUCACUAAUCUGCUUAAUCGAGGCUUAUCCCAAGACGAUUAACUUGUGGAUGCGGAAGGAGCAAGUUAUUAUGAGCGGAGGCAGGUACGAAAUCGACGAACGAGGAGACCCCGACGAGGAAUGGAAGACGACGAUCGUGUUGAAGAUAAGACGCUUGAAGAAAACGGAUUUGGGCGAAUACACGUGCUCAGCCUCCUCAAGCAUGGGAAAAGCCGAGGCGACUCUCAGGGUGUACGAGAUCGAGCGCGCAACCGUACCCAGCCGCGUCACCUCGACCAGUAACAAGCGAAUGAACCAAGGCAAGUCAAAGGGGCAAGGGACGAUGGGCAAUCGGGUUUUCCAUCAGCAGGUGAGCACGCCGGCGAUGCAGAAGAGCACCGCGCGAUUGAUCUACAACAACAGAUACGCGAUCACGUCGACCACGGCGGACCCACGCGCGCCCUUAAUCAAGGACUAUGAUAACGCUUUCAAGCACAAUAACCGUAACGAUAACCAGCAGAAUCUCAAGGAUCGCAGCGACGCGUCCGCGGUCAUCGCUAGCAAGCGGAUUGUUUUGCCGCUCUGUCUCAUAUUGUUCUCGACAGUGCGAUAAGACAUAAGAUGACAACGAUGACGGCAACAAGGAGGAGAGCUAAUCCGAAAGGAGUUACUUUGUGAGAUAAUAUGGAAUCGCGUUCAUCGAUCUGAUAGGAUGACGAGGAUAAGCAAAAAGAAGGGAAUCUCACAAAGGAGAACAAUUUUCAGACAACGACGGCUAUAGGAGUCUGGGAUGGCAAAGAACUGCUCGUUUUAAUUAUAGAUCGAUGUUUUUAACAGCUCGAGGAAGAUCAUAGGGACGCAAAUACUUGGACUUUUACGCGUGGUAGAGUAGGGUAAUAGGAAGAGUUUUGAUCCGUUAAUGCGGAUGAAUGUUGGCCAAGAUAACCACUGCGGAUUUUUCCGGAAAGACGCUUACGAAUGUAUUUUUUAUGACCCUUUUAUCCGUUGCUAAAAGUUCGUGCGAAAAGUUCGGGGACAAAAUGUGCUUUUUGAUUAGACUAAAUAUAUAAUAUAAUAUGCAUAUUUUUUAACUCUCGGAUAGCAAGACGCUUGACAUAAUCUAUUCAGAUUUGUUAAAAUGUUUUCUAAUAUCUCAAAAUAAAUUUUUUUAUUAAUUUUAUUGUAUCAAUAAUUUUUUCUCUCUUAUUAAUACCAAAAUAAAAAUAAAUAUAACAAUCAAUAAAUAAUAAAAGCAAACUAUGACUAAAAUAUAAUAUUGGAUAAAAAAAAUUGGAUGAAAAUAUAAAGGUAUUUUUACGUUAUAAAUAAACAAUAUUUUUAUCUCUCUCACUUCUUUACAAUUUAUAUAAAAAACAUUAAUGUCUUAAAAGAAGAUUUCGGUUCCGAUCACUAUUGUCCGAGAGUUAAGGAACACAAAAGAGAAAUUUUUAUUAUUCAAAGAAUUAGUGAUUAAGUUCUCUUUUUUUGUUUGUGAGAUUAAUUAAUACACUUGAAGAAAUUUUAUAAUAUUAGCGUCAAAAGCCUUAUAUAUGCAGGGUGUCUAUGAACUGUCACUAUCGUUACAAGGGAUAACUCGCAGAAUUUAAUUGCUUAUGUAUGAAUUGUAAUCGCAAUGUGGAUAUAUCUCAUAACGAUAAUGGCGAUUCAGUUAAAGUGAACAUCCGUUAUGUUGUCAUUGUAAUAUGUCUUCAUCGAUAAACCACACGACUUUUCUGAGCAAUUGCGCGAUUGUACCCAAAUGCAGACAAAUAAUUAGCAUACUAAUUUGUAUGUAAGAAAUAAGACGAUAAAAUACCUUUAUUUAUUGUGAUGUAAGAAAGCGAAUUGCGAUAUUAUACUUGGCAUCUUAGCGAUAAUUAUCUCACGUCAUAUCCGAAAUAAGAUUCAUAUCCAUAGCGCAUAUAAUAACAUACAAACCCUUAGAAAGAUAUUAUCAGUAUCAUUCAGUUAUAUUAUGUAUUUUUUUAAAUUACUUGUAGACAAAUACUGUACCUUAUAUGUCGGUGAUGAAGUAAGACCACAUUAUAGAUAUAGUAUAAGUGGUUGAUUGCAAAAAAUGACCGAUAUAUUGCUUUUUAGAUAAAAUGCGUUAUAAAUUGGCUUUGGCAUGCCAAUUUCUGUAUAGGAUAUGCUCCUCUUAAGAAUAGCAUAUGUACAAUUCAAUGAUGAUAAAUAUAAAUAAUGGAGUAUAUAUAUAUAUAUAUAUAUAUAUAUAUAUAUAUAUAUAUAUAUAUACAUAUACAUAUAUACAUAUAUACAUAUCUGUGUGUCGUUAUUACAUAUAAACUUACCAGGAAUUGACAGUAAAUACUCUUAUAUGUAUUUUAAUAAUUUCUAGCAAUGCUACAAAGAUUAUUUAAUAUUGUUUAAUGAUUAUUUUUAAUGCUCCUCGCAAAACUACAAACCAUAUCUUGCUCUAUAAUUAAGACAACUGUGCAAAGUGAUAUCAGCAAGAUAUUAUAGAGCAUUAAAAUUGUAAGAAUUAAGGAAAAAAAGUGAUUCGAUAAUCUAUAAUAAUAUUACAAUAUCUAUCAAUAUGGAAAGCGUCUUAGUUACAUCGCGUGGUUUAUUAUCAUGGAAAAUGUAGCAUAUCCCACACAGAGCAAAAAUAUGUUAAAUGUAUCUAUUCAAUGAACCUUGUAUAUCACAGAGAAUGCUCAAUAUAAUAACUUUACAAUAACUAUGUUAAAAGAAUGUUGUUAUUUAAGAACGGAAAAUAUAUUACGAGAAUACAAUGAGAAAAUGUGCUCAAAUUGGAUAAUAUAGCUUUGGGGAAAAAACGUGUUGACAAAUAAAAA